CAUACGGACAGUAUAUUGCUGCGGACGAGUUGAAUGCUUGCUACAAUACAUUAUAAAGUCGCCAGCCAUCGGGAAAACACGGCUAUCUACUGCGUCACGGAUAAAGGUGCCUUGGCAGUGUGUGUCAUAUGUCGCAGUGAAGGGUUCAGAUGGGAGUUUACUACAGAGCCAUCCAUCAUGAGAUGAAGCGGUCACUUAAUUAACCAUCACUCAAAGACAAAAGACUCAGAUGUUGCUGCCAUGUGCCACACUCACACCCAAAGCAGACAAAAAACUCAGCUCAUUGAAGGCCUGUUGUUCUACCCUCUGACUGAGGACACGUACAGUAACUCUCCUCCAAGACUCACAGAGCUUCUCCACCUCCAUCACCAAAGUGCGUCCACCCAAACCCCGCCUCUAUCCAGCAGCAACUUCCUCAUCCUCUCACAGGACUGGCUGUACUGUCAGUAAGGUUCAUUCACAAAUGUCUACCUCACGAUUAAAAGACCCCUCUCCAACACUGCGACCCUGAACAGGAUACAAAAUGACCUCGAGCAUUGACCGGGAUGACAGCAGUAUAUUUGAUGGGUUAAUGGAAGAAGAUGAAAAGGACAAAGCAAAACGUGUGUCCCGAAACAAGUCUGAAAAGAAACGCAGAGACCAGUUCAAUGUCCUCAUCAAGGAGCUGGGCACCAUGUUGCCGGGCAACACCCGCAAAAUGGACAAGUCCACUAUUUUGCAGAAGAGCAUCGACUUUCUGCACAAACACAAAGAAAUUGCUGCUCAGUCAGAGUCAACUGAGAUCAGACAAGACUGGAAGCCUCCUUUUCUUAGUAAUGAAGAGUUCACUCAGCUGAUGUUGGAGGCGUUAGAUGGAUUUUUCCUUGCAAUUAUGACUGAUGGGAAUAUAAUCUAUGCCUCUGAGAGUGUGACGUCCCUGCUAGAACACUUACCUUCUGAUCUUGUGGAUCAGAGCCUGUUGAACUUCCUGCCCGUGGGGGAGCAUUCAGAUGUGUACAAGGCUCUGUCCUCUCAUAUCAUGGAAGGAGAGACACUGACGCCUGAAUAUUUGAAAACAAAAAAUCAGCUAGAGUUCUGUUGCCACAUGCUUCGAGGGACGAUCGACCCCAAAGAGCCCCCUGUGUAUGAAUAUGUCAAGUUCAUUGGAAACUUCAAGUCCCUGAAUAAUGUGCCUAACUGUACCCGAAACGGUUUUGAAGGAGUGAUCCAGCGAUCGCUUCACUCUGCCUUUGAAGACAGAGUGUGUCUCAUAGCAACUGUGCGGCUUGCCAAACCACAGUUUAUCAAGGAGAUGUGCACUGUAGAGGAGCCUAAUGAGGAAUUCACCUCCAGACAUAGUUUAGAGUGGAAGUUUCUCUUUUUGGAUCACAGAGCUCCACCCAUUAUAGGUUACCUGCCGUUUGAGGUCCUGGGUACGUCAGGAUACGACUACUACCAUGUAGAUGACCUGGAGACACUGGCCAAAUGCCACGAACACUUAAUGCAAUAUGGCAAAGGAAAAUCUUGCUACUACAGAUUCCUCACCAAAGGGCAGCAGUGGAUUUGGCUUCAGACCCACUACUACAUCACCUACCACCAGUGGAACUCCAGACCUGAGUUUAUUGUCUGCACACACACUGUUGUAAGUUAUGCUGAAGUAAGAGCAGAACAGCGCAGAGAGCUUGGAAUUGAAGAAUCACAACCUGAGAUGACAGUAGACAAGCAGUCCCAGGAUUCAGGCUCUGAGUCACAGCUCAACACUUCCAGCCUGAAGGAGGCUCUCGAGCGCUUCAACCACAGCCGGACACCCUCGGCCUCGUCUCGCAGCUCACGCAAAUCCUCGCACACCGCAGUCUCUGACCCAGCCUCAUCACAGAUGAAGCUUCAGGGAGAUCGGAGUACACCAGGUCGCCAGUCUGUCUCCGCUGUGGAGAUGACAUCACAACGAAGAUCAUCUAUCAGCAGUCAGCAGUCAAUGAGCUCCCAAAAUACCGGACAGACCAUGGCACCAUCCAUGGUUUCACAACAACAGCAACAACAGCAGCAGCAGCAGCAGCAACAGCAACAACAACAGCAGCAGCAGCAGCAGCAACAGCAACAGCAACAACAACAACAACAACAACAACAACAACAACAACAACAACAACAACAGCAGCAGCAGCAGCCUCAACAGCAACAAGUUCAGAUCAGCGGCCAAUCAAUGGUGCAGUUCUCCAGCCAGUUAGAAGUCAUGCACAACUUGAAAGAGCAGCUGGAGCAGAGGACCCGGCUGAUUGAGGCCAACAUCCAGCGGCAGCAGGACGAGCUGCGGCAGAUCCAGGACGAGCUGCAGAGAGUGCAGGGACAGACCCUGCAGAUGUUCUUGCCAAAAGGAGCGGGAGGACUAAAUCUCGGCUCUGUGCAGAUGGCCCAGGGGACGGCUGUGCAGCAGGGAGGAACACUCAGCAUGCAGGGCCAGGUGGUCUCUGCAGGACCUCUACAGAACAGCAUACAGCAACAACAUACUGUCCAGACUCAGCCCCAGCAACAAACACUCCUGCGGGAACAGAGCACAGCACUCUCACAGUCUCAGCGGUCUCUCACUCUGCAGCCUCAACAAAACUCGCUGCCUGCGUCUCUCUACAACACGAUGAUGAUCCCUCAACAGAGCCCUGCUAACGUGGUCCAAAUCGCCACUAGCUUGGCUCAGAAUACUGGACCCAACGCUCCAGCUGUGGCCACAUUUGCGCAGGACCGUUCAGCUCAGAUCAGAUUUCCUGCCAGUCCUCAGCUGCUCACCAAGCUAGUGACAGGCCAGAUGGCAUGUGGGGCAGUCAUGGUCCCCACAACCAUGUUUAUGGGUCAGGUGGUGACGGCCUUCGCCCCUCAGCAGGGCCAGACCCAGACCAUCAGCAUUUCCCAGCAGCCACCACAGCAGUCGCAGCAGCAGCAGGAGCAGCAGGUACAGCAGCAGUCACAGGUCACGGCCCUGCAGCCAGGACAGGCUCCAAUGGCCCAGCAGCAAACACAGUUCCUACAGGCUCCUCGGCUUCUUCAUGGAAACCAGUCCACCCAGUUGAUCCUGCAGGCAGCAUUCCCUUUGCAGCAGCAGGGCACCUUCACUGCCACAACCCAACAACAACAGCAACAGUUACAACAGCAACAACAGUUACAACAACAGCAUCAACAGCAACAACAACAACAACAGCAGCAGCAGAAGCAGUUGCAACAGCAAAAACAACAACUUCAACAACAGCAGCAACAACAGCUGGCCCCGCACAGGGCGGAUAGUUUGUCUGAUCGCUCUGCUACGCAGCCACAGUAGCUGGCUGAAGGCCAAUCUGACACGGCUGGCCAAUCAGACACGGAGCAAGCCAAACCCCAGAGUGGGCGUCUUUGUGACGAGUGUCUAAAGAAGAGUCCUGCUCAAAGUGCAGCACUGAGACCAGACCUCAGAGGCUGGGAAGUGAUUGGAUGGGCAGGCCGUGGCUUCCCUCCCCUCACAAGGAUCUUUUGCUGUUUGCACUUAACUCCUGAGCACAGGGUGCUGCAGAGAACCAGGACUGGGCUCGCUGUGGCUCUGGCAGGGGUUUUUGGCUCUGGGACAAAGCCUUUUCUCCAAGAAAACAGGGAGCCACGAUCGCUGUAAUGGACCCUUCCCCCGGCCCUCUCCCUGUGUGUUUUUUGUGUGUAUGUGUGUGUGUGUGUGUGUGUGUGUGUGUGUGUGUGUGUGUGUGUGUGUGUGUGUGUGUGUGAUCUCCAGUCACCCUCAGAAGAUUAUUUUAUGCAGCCGGGUAAUUAAGUUAAUGCAGCAAAGCUUCUAUCAAGCUUCAAGGACGUCCUGCAGAGCAGCCUGAGGCUUGUUUGUUUUGGAUGUUUUCUCCUAUUCUUGUUUUUCAUGUAAAAAUAAUUAUGGGUCAGAAAAUAUUUUUAAGAAUGUGGUGUAGAUUGAACUUUUACUGUACAGAACAUCAUGUGUAAUAUAUUAUGUAAAUAUAAUGAAAAAGAAAGAACUAAUAUUUUAUAUGAUGCAUGAAAUGAAAUGCGUAGUCUGUUAUUCGCAGCUUUGAAUAUGCUUUUUUUCUAGUACUCUAAGAAAAAAAGAUGUUAAAAUGCUCAGUGGCUGAUAUUUUCAGACUUCCUUUCUCCUAGGGGAUGUGUUUGUGUGUCUGCAUAGCAGACAAUGCCGAUGCUGCUUGUUGUGUCACAGUUUGUUUAAUCCUUGACCCAUAUUUUCAAAGAAUUUCAUAAAAUUGAUGAUGAUAGAGAAAAAUAUUUUUAAGCUUUUUAAGAUGUGCUUAGUGUUUGCACACUAAAGACUAAAUCUAACUUGAGUCAAAUAUUGUGAAUGAACUAAAGAUUACCAAUGUUAAGCUAAAUGUAUGCAACAAUACGAUUUGCCAACAUAAUCCUUCAUAUUCUUAUUUCGUCAUUUUUGAGAGAGCCCUCCAUUUCAGAGCCAUAAUGUCCUUUUCGUUCCUGAAGAGACUUAUUUCAAACCAUAUUAUCCCUUCAAAUCUGUUGAAACCUGUGGCUAAUAUUCUCAGAUAUGCUUGAGGGAAAUGAUUUGUGUUAGCAUGUGGCUAAUCGAACAAUGUCCUCAUUGGCAGUCCAACCAUCCAUCCACUUUUUAGCCAUUUUCUCCAGUUCUUUCUUCUGUGUGUGAGCUGCAAGAGCCCCAAACCACCCUGAAGCAGUGCCUCGACAAAGAGGUCCCUCAUAUCUUAAAACUCCUUGCACUAUCAGAAUGAGAGUCACUCCACAUAGACCUCAUUAAGGCUCCUUAUACAUCAUAUCUGUAGUUACUAACCAGUGUAAAGUGGUUAGAAUGAAGUGAUGAGAGCUUUGCCGUCUGGUUCUCUGUCAUGUUUGGAUGCUCUGAAAAAGCUGAUUCAGCUACAGCUAAUUAAAGUUCUAUAAAUUCUCUACAUGUUCCCUCACUCAAACCUGCAAUAACUGUUUUUGGCCACUUGGUGGCAGCAGAAACCCAACACUGACAUAUUUUCACUUUUUAAAUGAAUAUAGUAAACUUUUUAGCAAACAGUUGACUGUUUACACAUCCAGCAGGUACAGAGUGACAUUAUCAUUUAUUUGAAGUUAUGCUAGCGUCCACCUGACAAAUAAAAUUUGGCAAGCUAGUAGGGAUGGGAAUAAUUCAUUGAUGGAUCGAUUAAUGGUCGUUAAGAAUUUGGUCAAUCACAUGGAAUUUUUAAUCAAUCUGUGCAUUUUUUUAUUUUUAUUUUAUCUGAUUGUGUAUUAGUACUCACUGAACUGAAACACAGCCGAUCAUUCAGUUCUGCAGCCGUACGUGAAUAAGCCAAUGAGCUGAGAAUUAAGUUGGAUAAAGCUACAGUUUGCAAACUGAAAGCUGCAAUAACAAUUAUAAAACACAGAAAUACAAGAGUAUUACUUUGAGCAAAACUAGCUUACUGUAUCAAACCUUGCUAGCAUGAAUUACAAGGUAUUAUUUGAUCCAAAACUUAUUUAAACACAAAACACACUUGCAUAUGCAAGAUUACUGUGAAGACUAACCUCAUGCCUCUUUGGGGGCUAAAACAUAAAACAUUGACGUUAUCUUUACAGUUUAAUCUCACUUGAGUUAGUUUAACGAUAUAUAUAUAUAUAUAUAUAUAUAUAUAUAUUUUAUUUUGCCCAUGCAGCGAUAAUUUGAUCGUUAACGUUGUAGAAAAUUGAGUUGGCAGGUUUCUCCCAAACACCUAUCCCUACAAGCUAGCCAUCUAACACAUGAAUCAAAUGUCUCACCAAUGUUGGCCCUAGGUACACACCUUUUUGAUUUUGUCCCAUUUGAAAAUGGGAACCAGUAUUGUAACUUGUGAAUGAAGGGCACUGACAGUGAGGUGAUUAGAAUCACACUGCAGGCCCGCCGGCAGCCUCCUCACCAUCUGACUGAUUUCACAACUCGGCCCAUUCUUCAUCUGUCAGCAGUGAGGGACCGACACAUCGCAUGGCCACUGGUCUGGUGAAAUAGUCAGUCUUUGACCUUUGGCCCAAGUGGUCUGGUGAGGCCAUGUGCACUAACAGCAUGCAUGUUUUCAUGUUCGACUUUGCUGAUCAUAAUGGGGAACCCAGUUUCUCACAGGAGUACAAUAACUUAAGUUUAUUAUACGUAACAGCUGCUGUUUAUAUGGUGGAAUGCCCUGAGGCCCAGCUCCGUUUCUGUGUUUGAACAUGAGAGAAGAUUUUUUAAUACCCUUAUUACUACCAUGGCCAACUUCAAACUCAAUGUUUAGUGAGUGGGAGAUUAGGAGGAUUAGGAGAUUAUUGAUCCCAUUGUGUGUUUAAAGUUCUAAUCGCCCCUUUUACAUUACAUUUGAAUGGAAUGCUUUUGUCGGGUAAAGUUGGCAUUUCAUGAAUUUAUGAAACAGACCCAUGUGGAGUGUGUGGUUGUUGCUGUCAGACUACAUUAUAGUCAGUCACAUGCUAUACUCAGUGUCAAUGUUUCAUCGCGUUCGAGUUUGGCCACUAAAAUAAUCCAUUCCUGUAUAUAUAUAUAUCUUUUAGUUUGCCCAUGCAGCGAUAAUUGAUCGUUAACGUUGUAGAAAAUUGAGUUGGCAGGUUUCUCCCAAACACCUAUUUUGUCUCUGUGGAAGUUAAAUAUCUCUCCUAAGCAAACGUUGGAUCAACUUCAUCAGACCACAGACACAAAUUAUACUUUCCAACCUGAUUUAACAAUAAGGAAAUACUCAUGAUUUUUAGCCGAAAAUUAACAUAUUUUCAUAAGCAUCAGGCCAUCAAAGAGACAUUGCAAUAACCGCUUGUUUUUUCUUCUUAUUAAUUGAUUUUCUUUUUCCAACAGUAAGUCCUGCAAGAAAAUUCUGAAAAAAUUAUAGUUUCUCUCCCCAAAAAUUUCAGACUCUUCCAACAGCAACAAAGAAAUAAUACAUAACCACCCCCCUCUUCAACACAACCUCCUCUACUAAUAAUUUUCACACGGUCCCUAAUACCGGCUUGUUCCUGUGCUCCUAUAGGGCUGCACUUUAGACCUCAUAGUCUGGUCCUUUACACAGAAAUCCUCUCUUCUUUAAAAGUUGCAACAUAACAGUAUUUAAAUAAGACACACAACAGUUCUCAGCUUAACAAACCCGUGGAGUGGAUCUGGUCCUGUGCUACAUGCAAACAGCACUCUGGAGUGUGAUUUAAGUGGUGCAGUAUACCUACAAGAAUGUAAUUAAAUAUCAUUAACACGUGUUUUGCAUGAGAUACGUGGCUGUGAGAGACUUUGCACAAUGUAUGAUAGGACAUACAGUAAAUAAGAGAACUAAAUUAUUUUUCUAUUACCGGAAUAGACCUCAUUGAGCUUGCAUAGGAUAGAUACAUGACAUCAAACAGUGACGGCGGUGCUUUCACAUGUGCAAACCAUAGACUGGUGCAAAUAUGAAGGAUCUAAAACGAACUGUGACAUACACACAAAGACUGUUUGAACUUGUGAAGUUGAUGGUUAUGCAAAGGCUUUGUAUCAAAUUUAAAGGUUGUUUUGAGUCUUUUACCAGCCAUUCAAGCUGUUUUCCUCAAUGCUGGAAAUAGCUGAAAUUGACACAAGCUUUUUAAAAAGAUGACGCUAGUCGGUCAUUGCCAAGUCAAAAAACAUGAGGGAAAAUGUUUUGUUAUCCAAAGAGAGGGGAGCCUAAAUGAAAGGACACAGUGCAUUGUGUUAAAUGUUGUGUAAUUCAGAUGUACACACUAGAAACUCUGAAUGUCUAUCAGUGUUCUCUCUUCGUUUUCAGUUCAUAUUUGUGUGGCGUUGUUUGGCUCAUGAAAUUUACUGCUGCAGUACACCGGAGGACAAAAAACCCUGAACUGAAUCCCCCAGAUUCCAGCCACUCUUGAACCACUGUUUCAGGUGAUAGUACGACUCGGUAUUGUUUGAAAUGUGUCAAAACGUAUUACUCCUUUUUUACAGGUUGGCCUUAUAAGAAAGUGGUAUCAGAUUUUCAAAGUAAUCUAAUUGAUAUCCAGUACCGAAUUAUGCUACACUGUAGAUUUACCCCUGAAAUGUUAAAAUGUUCAGUGUAUAUUCUGAUAGAGGCACAGGGAUGGAUGAUUCACAUCCACUGCUGCCACCUGCUGGUUAGUUUUAGGUUAACCCUCAUCCAACAAACAUUUAAGGACUACAAACUACUAAACUAAAGUAGUAAACAGUAGUAAACUACUGUAACAAAUGUUAAGUUGUUUCCUUCUCAAAGCAUAAGUCACGUAAUCAUGUCAUCUGAAAAAAAAGAUCAAAGGGAGUAAAUUUGCAUAUUGUGUUAAAUUAUAAUGUACAUUUUCCUUUGAUGCAAAUUGCAGCUUUUAACCAAAAAUGCAAACCACAUUAGUACUUAUGGUCUUAUUUAGUUUUCUGUCAGCUCAAGUGAAAAAUUAAGAUUCAUCUAUUACAGCAGAAUCGGACGGGUUUGGAAUUGGAAUUGAUUUUUUUUUAACUAACAAAAGAACAACUAUAUGCAGUCAUCAAGAAUAAAUUGACAUUGACAAAAAACAAUAGGACUAUAAAAUAAGGCUGGCUUUUCCCUACCAUUAUAAGGUGCUUAUGUGAUGCCCAAAACCGUGAAAUGUGAAGAGCAUCAGAACUAACUGACUUAAGUCAUCUGUUCCAGCUUUUCAAAAAAAAAUUCUUACAGUCGUUAAUAAAAAUGGUCCAAUAUUAUGUGAAA